UCUUGGGGCCUUGUGACGCGUCGCCGUCGAUCGAUCUCAUCGCGAAUCCAAGCAGCUGCCAAGCUCGGGGCGCCUCCCAUUCGCUUGAUCGCUAGCUACCACUACCAGUAGGAAGAGGGGAAUGGGGCGGCGCGCGUGGCAAAUGGCCGUGGCCGUCCUGGCCGUGCUCGGCGCGGCGGCGACGACGACGGUGCGGCCGGCCGUGGCGGCGCCGCAGGUGCCGUGCUACUUCAUCUUCGGGGACUCGCUCGUGGACAACGGCAACAACAACUUCAUCGUGUCGAUGGCGCGGGCCAACUACCCGCCCUACGGAAUCGACUUCGCCGGCGGCCCCACGGGGCGCUUCAGCAACGGCCUCACCACCGUCGACGUCCUCGCCAAGCUUCUGGGCUUCGACGACUUCAUCCCCCCGUUCGCCGGCGCGAGCAGCCAGCAGCUCCUCACCGGCGUCAACUUCGCCUCCGCCGCCGCCGGCAUCCGGGAGGAGACCGGCCAGCAGCUGGGUGGUCGGAUCAGCUUCAGCGGGCAGGUGCAGAACUACCAGUCGGCGGUGCAGGAGCUGAUCAGCAUCCUGGGCGACGAGGGCUCGGCGGCGACGCACCUGAGCCGCUGCAUCUUCAGCGUCGGCAUGGGCAGCAACGACUACCUCAACAACUACUUCAUGCCGGCCUUCUACGACACCGGCAGCCGGUACACCCCGGAGCAGUACGCGGACUCGCUGGCCGCCGACUACUCCCGCCUCCUGAUGGUGAUGUAUCGGUACGGCGCCCGGAAGGUGGCGGUGAUCGGGGUCGGGCAGGUCGGGUGCAGCCCCAACGAGCUGGCGCAGCGGAGCCCCGACGGCGCCACCUGCGUCGAGGCCAUCAACGCUGCCAUCCGGAUCUUCAACCAGCGGCUCGUCGGCCUGGUGGACCGGUUCAACAGGCAGCUCCCCGGCGCGCGCUUCACCUACGUCAACGCGUACGGCAUCUUCGACGACAUCCUCAGGUCCCCGGGCGCGCACGGGCUGAGGGUUACCAACGCCGGGUGCUGCGGGGUGGGCAGGAACAACGGGCAGGUGACGUGCCUCCCGUUCCAGAUGCCCUGCGCCAACCGCCACGAGUACCUCUUCUGGGACGCCUUCCACCCGACGGAGGCCGCCAACGUGCUCGUCGGCCAGAGGACCUACGCCGCCAGGCUCGCGUCCGACGUCCACCCAUACGACAUCCGGACCCUCGCGCGCCUCUAGCUAGCUAGUCUCUAGAGGUUCUUUGGUUUGUGAAUUCGUGGGUUCUUGCAUUGGGUGCACAGCGUAUAGGAGACAGCGAGUCUGGAGUGCAGUUUACGGUGUCACAUUCCAUUCCAAGUGUGUAAUUAGUUUGGCAUUUUGGGAACCAUGUAAGAUUUGGCUUUGCAAAAUCAGUUUUAUAGUACUUCUAUUGGAAACAUUCAAUAUUCACAA